UGUGAUGUUGCUAUUUCAUAAUACAAUAAUGAUUUGUUGUUUAUGACAAAAAUGUUUGACAUUGACUACGAAUAACUAAACCGUUUGCUUGAAAUACUUCAUCGCUUGCCUCUUUUGCACACUGUGUAAUGUUUAUCUCUGUUAUUUAGCACUUAAAGUCUGCGGGUUAAGCAAGUUUACGUCUCUGGUCAAGUUAACAUGUCCAAACACAAGUCGAAAAAGCUCAUCAUUGAAGAUGAUGAGCCAAAGCAAGAUGAGCUGAAUCCAUUUUCUUUCAAGGAGUUUAUCAGAAACAAAAACCAGCAGCCAUGUUCCACAGAAGCCACAGAGGUGUACAGUGGUGCAUGCUCAGUCGAGCAGGACUAUAACACCUCUAUAGACUUUGCUACCAAGGGUCCUUUCUUUACUGAUCCCUCUGCACUCUGUCAGCCUUCUGAAAGUGAAACCGAGGAGACAUGGAUAGAAAGUCACCAUCUGUCAGCCAUUGAAGGUUCUCCUGACUUUGACCUAUGUGGGGCGUCAGACAUCAGUGCUUACUCUGAGCAGUCAUCUCUGUGCAGUGAUGAGAGAGAAGCGGCUGAAUGGGAACUGGGUCAGUCUGACUUCCUGCCAAAAAAGCACUUAUCCAGAAUCAGCACAGGAAGCUAUGAGGGGGAUGAAGAGACUUCAGUGAUUGAUAUUUCCUUGCAUCAUAAGAGGGGCAAUGCUGAAAAUGGCACAAAGAAUCUCCAGCAGCUCAAAGAAGAAAAUUCCCUUCUCAGAAAGCAAGUCAAAGAACUAGUUAGAAUGUCGGAAACUGACUCCAGAAGGAUCAAACAGCUCACAGAUGAGAUGCACAAUAAGAAGUUACAGGAGGAGAAAGAGGCGAAUGAUUUGGAAACAAUGGUGCAGUCGGUAGAACAAAACCUUCAGCUAAUGACGAAGCGGGCAGUAAAGGCUGAAAAUAAUAUUUCAAAAAUGAAACAAGAGAUGCUAAAACUCCAGGGCCAGCUUGAAGACUAUAAAAGUGAAAACGAAAGGCUUAGACGUGGAGAAACGGCAGCCUUAGCCACAAUGAGACACAAUGCUCAAGUGGCCUCUGAAUACCUCAACAAAGCAGCUCAAGAUGCAGAGAUCUCUAUCAAGCAGCUGCUGACUGGAAGAGAGACUUUUUGUUUAGUGUCUCAGUUAUUGUCAUCCAUUGACAAGAUCACAGAGAUUCAUGAUUGAUGUGAAAAGUUUCCAUAACAUGUAAACAUCAUGUUAUUUACACUAUAGAAUCACUGUACUGUGGUAUUCCACUGUUUGUUUCCACUUUAUUGGUAUCAUGUUUAGGUUUUAUGACAUUAUGACCAAAUUAAGCUCUAUAUUAUGAGCUUAAUCACACAGAUACGUACCGAAUAGUGCCUUGAAUUCUCAGAUUUAUGAUAAAAAAUAUUUUCAAAAAUGUUUUGCACUUUUGUUUAAACAGCGAGUAAAGUUAAUCCAUUCUUUAGAUUCUAUUACACAUUAUUUGGAACAUUUUCUUGAGUAUAUGAGUAUAUAUAUAUAUUGAGUAUAUACAUGUUUUUUUUAUUUCUGCCAUUUUAUGUAAAAUCUUUGUUUAUUUUAAAAGAUUUAACUAAUCAACUUCAUUAAGUGCCUUAUAUUUGUAAUGCUCUUCU